AUGUCGCACGAAGCGCUACCUAUCGACCGGGCCAGGUUCGCUGAAGCUCUCGAAUCGCUGCCUCUUGAUGCACUGCACUCCAAGGUUGCCGAACUGCGCAACAACAUGAACCAUUUGAGAUAUUCCAACGAGCAAAUGGUGCCCUUUGCCGACGAGGGUGAUCAAGGUAUGUCNACUUUUAGUUCUGGAAGAUCAAAACUGAUAUUACGUUUUGAAGAUUGCAAAGACGCCAUGUACGAAAACCUCGUUGUCAUCAGCCGCAUGAACGAACGCAUCGAACUGCUACGUGCCGAGGUCGAGAAGAGAGGCAUGAGAUGGUCAGAAGGCGAAGUUGAAGAUCGCCAGGUCAGCGAGAGAAUGGUCAACGGCGACUCUGCACCCGUAACUACAUCACAAUCACAACCUCAAAGCGGACGCUUGACAGACGAACAACUGAGAGCACAACUCGAGGCAAGAUUGAACCAGGACACACAAGACGACCAGGAAGAAGAAGGCCUUCAUCUCUGA